AUGAGGAUCGAUUUCAUAUGGAUUUUACUUUUGAUCUUGCCAUAUACGCUAGUGAACCCCCAACCUAUACAAAAGCAGCCUGAUAUAAGCAACGAUAAUGGAAGUAAAAUCAAUCAGGACGAUUCAUUGAAAAAACACGACGAACAAGUUAUAUCGUCAACCUGCUUCACUGCAUCUAACGUCUCUACCAAAUCGAACACCUUGGACACCGCGGGCACAAACUACAUCCGCGUCGUCUCCAACCACCAUGGCGUUCAGAAGGCGAACAAUGAGAAUUGCAAACAAGAAAACUGCAAAGUCGGUUAUGUUGUGGAGGGCAGGCAGUAUAAAAAGUAUAGAGUUGAAGAAAGAACCUCGGACGGGUUUAUUGUCGGGGAAUAUGGUGUUGUUAGAAACGAGGAUGGAGCGCUCAGAGGUGUUAGAUACACAGCAGAUAGUGAAGCCAGCCCCCGUCUUAUACAAGACGCACUUAUGAAGUUCCUGCAGCUCAAA